AUGGCAGAUACCACCGCUCUGCCCUGGCUGGCCCGGAGGUGGCUGCUAAGAGGAAAUCCUCAACUGGAUACCUUCGUCAACGUGGGAGCCAAGGAUGGCGUGCAUGAGGAUCCCUUGUACACGCUUCUUCUGAACCCUGGAGACGUGCGCUUUUCGCUUGCUGUGGAGAUGAACCACGAGUUCUGCUUGCAGCACGCCCGCAACCUUCCGCACGUGUUGCUUCUCUGCAUGAAAGCCACGAAGUCAACCGUCCCUGACAUCGUGGCUCAACUGCCAGAGUGGCUCCGAGGGCAGAAGAGGCCUGCUCUCGAUUUGCCAUCUCUACCUCGCUUAGACGUUCUGAAAGUAGACUUGGACGGGGCGGAUUGCGACAUCGCUGCGGCGUUUCUGUGGAGAGUCCUCGCCAAGUUCGUCGUAAUGGAGGUAUAUGAUGGUGUACCCCCACCGCUUCGUUUUGCACUACAUGACAGUGAACUCCUAGCGUGGCCUCCGGCAGCCCCAUGGGGCUGCUCGCUGAGCUACCAGGUGAGGCUGAUGAAGCAAUUUGACCUCGAGUUGGUGUGGUAUGGUGCCGGCAACGCGAUCUUUGCACACCGCUUUGCCGCACAGCUGCUAGGAUUGCCCAGCCCCUUGGACGAGGCAGACUGUUAUGCCAAGUCUGUGCUGAUGACAAUGUGGCCCAGUGGCCGAACACUCCGCAGGUGGUUUUAUGAGGAGAGCCUCAAUGAGACUUUCGUGGAAGUCCAAGCGUCCCUUACCAAGCGACUGGAAAAUCUGACUUUCACACUGGACGCGUAA